GGAAGAGACGAUGGAGGAGGACGGUAAGAGCAACAGCAGCGACAGCAAUCGCGACAACGGAGUGGACAUCUCCAACAGCACGGAGGAAAGGGCCGAAUUCUCCCGCGUCGAGUCGGCGGCCAGAGGCUGGAUGCUCGACUUCUGCUUCGUGUCGCUGUGCCAUUACUUUAAGGAAGACAAACUGGAGCAAUUCAACAGGUGCCUGAAUGAGCUCCAAGUAUUCCUCGAGGGAUCAGACGAUGAAAUAUGGAACCAGGAAAGGAAGCGUGAAGUGUGUUGUUUCUUAGAACGGAUUGUGCAUGGAAAACAAACAGAUUAUUAUUAUGCAAGCAACAAGCAAGUUACACCAUUAAUGUCAGCAGUGUCAAUCUGGAAUUCCCUAGAAGACACAGUGGUGGACGAGACUCUGUUUAAAAAUAUCAAGAAGCUGCUUUUUAUUCAGUCAGUGGCAGUAUGCAUGGAAAGGGGUGAUUACAUCAAGGCAUCCUGGGUCAUAGAGUGGUUAACGGAAGUGUGUGGAAUGCCGCAGAAUUUGAGGAUGAAAUUAUCCCUCAUUGUAAAGCAGAAGGACACCUAUCAUGUGUUCCUCUCAACCUUCUGCUUCACCAGCUUGGUGGAGAGCGUCAAGUCAUUCAUCGAUUUGUUUCUGAAGGAACAUCCUUCAGACUUUCUAUUAAAGGCUGCCUCCAAGGUGAUUCUAUCUUGCCAGAAAACGGAAGACAGAACAGCAAACAGUGAGCCUGAACCUUCAGAAGCGCUGGAAGAGAAACAGAAAAAGUCAAAAAAACCUUUGUUUGCCCUACAGAGUGCUGUAAUGUGGCAACCAGGAUCCAGCAAGAAGCCUUGUUUUUUUCAGAAAAUAUCCAGCAGAAACACAGCAGUUCGAUUAACCAGUAGAUGUGCCUCCCCGCUGAAAAGUGAAAAUGAGACCAAGAGGAGAAGUACAAAAAAGAAAUGGACGUGGAAGGAAGACAAAGACUUGAAGAUGGGGGUACUGCGGUACGGGGAAGGGAGGUGGGCAAAAAUCCUAGAGGACUUUCCCUUGCCAGGCCGUACCGGUGUCAUGCUCAAGGACAGGUGGAGGACCCUGAAGAAGCUGGGUGAGGUCAAGUCACAGAGAGGACGACAUAUUGACCAUGUGUCCUCUUGAACCAGCUUAGUUGAAGCUGACAAACUCUAUUCAGGUUCUUUCACAUCCUUUGUUAAGUGAACGGCUAGGCUGGAAAGAGGGUUUUUAUUUUGCUGAUGUGGCUCUAGGGGCAGGAGCAUAUUAAUGUUCAAGAGACCAUUUUUCCUGGCCUUUUUCAGCCUGGUUAUAUUGGGGCAUUAUUUAUGGCUGGUGUU